AUAUUGAAGCCUCACCUAAUAAUAUGACUCAAAUCUCUAGCCACGAAGUGACUGCCUCCAGCAAUUCCUCUGAUGUUGAUAAAAAAGAGGUGAGCAAUGAUCGAGAUUCCGAUUAUGAAUAUGAUUUUGAAGAUCUCUUCGAUAACAUUGAAGAUGACUUACAGAGUGAGGAUGCUAAUGUAUCUAAAGAUGAUGAUAG